CCAAUAGAUAAGGCCAAGGCUUGCCCAUUGCAUAAGGACAACGUAUACUUCACCCACCCCGACGGCUGCUACCCUUCGGCCCGCGCGACGCCACAGCCGCCGCAGGAGAGACUAACAGCCCUGUGGUUCAUCUUCCUUGCCGGCGGAGUGGUGUUGGCGGGGGUAACGUGCGCACUGAUAAUGGUGAUGCUGAGAGGAAAACUGUGCGGGCGAUUUAAAAACGACGGUGUUUCCAACUCGGGGUCAACGACUAAAGCGAAGAGACGCCCCUUGCCCGUGAUGGUCCUUUACGCGACAGACAGCUUCGAGCACCUGGCGAGGGUGUCCUCUCUCGUGCAGGAUCUGAAGAGUCAGUUGGACUGCCAGAUCCUCGACCUGCACGACGAGAGGAACGCCCAACUCCUAGCAGAUCCUGCCGGUUUCAUCCUGGAGGCGACGUCCUUCCGCUCGUUCACCAGGGUCAUCCUCGUCCUCUCCAGCGGGGUCACGAGGCUGCAGAGGUCAUUUCUGGACAACGAGUCAGACACGGAGGCGCCGUCGAAAGCCCUCGGCGCGGGUGGCGAACCCAAGGACCUCUUGCUCCUGCUGGCGCUGAAGAGGCUGCACGAACUCGACCUGGUCUACAAUUAUUCCAGGAUCUUUGUUGUCAGCCUGGACGACACCGAAGCCCCGUGCAGUGAAGAGGACGUCCAACUGCUGGUGGACGCUCGUCGUUAUCAGCUACCCAAACACUGGUCGUCCCUGCUCGCUGCGCUCUCGUCUACUGCUCCCUGCUGACCAGGAAAUGGGGAAUAGGGAGGGAGGGGAAGGAG